UAUUGCGGCCUACGCCUCCUCGCCGGCCACGUGGACCAAAGAUAUAGGAGGGAGUAGAUCUAGAGUGUAGCAAAAAAAGAUGUUUAGUGGCUCUGUAAAUCCAGUAACAGGGAAGCAGGAGUGGGUUCUCCAAGAUACUGAUGUGUGUACUGAAGAAGCAGAUAUAUCUAGAGAGUUGGCAAGGUCUCAGUAUGGGGACAUGCUUCAUGACAGGGAAAGGAAUCACAUGUACUGCACAGCUCUGGAAAAAGCUAUUGAUGCUGUGAAGAAGCAAGGCCGUGAGCCUCAUGUACUUGACAUUGGCACUGGGACUGGACUGCUAGCUAUGAUGGCAGCUAAAGCAGGAGCCACCAGAGUUACGGCUUGUGAGGUCCUUAGGCCAAUGGUGCGGAUAGCUCGGCAGGUGAUAGCCAGGAAUGGUUUUGCUGACAUCAUCACUGUUGUUCCUAAACGCUCUACUGAGAUGACUGAGGCUGAUAUGCCAGUGAGAGCCAAUAUUCUUGUCACUGAAGUGUUUGAUACUGAGCUCAUCGGGGAGGGAGCACUCGUUACCUUCAAACACGCUCACCAGCAUCUCUUGGAGCCCGGGUGUGUGGUGAUCCCGUCCUCCUCUAACAUGUACGUGAGGUUGGUAGACAGUGAGUUCCUGUACAGUCAACACAAGCUGAUGCCAGACAGAGUUCCUGGUGGGGUCAAACUACCGUCAUCGUGGGAGGCAUGUGCUGGGCAUCCGUCUGUAUGGGACCUGCAUGUUGAAGAGAUUGGUGUUCCAGGGCAGAUGAAGACACUCUCAGACUCUGUAGAGAUUAUGAGAUUUCAGUUUGACGACCCAAACUUACCCACAACUCAUUCUAACGUUGUUUCGAUUCCCAUCUCCUUCUUGGAAUCCGGACGCUGCCAUGGCCUGGUGGUUUGGUGGGACAUUGAUUUUGGUGGUUCUGUACUCAGCAUGGACCCGUGGGACUAUGGCCAGUGGAGAGACCAUUGGUUGCAAGGCGUCUUCCUCUGGCCAGAGCCAAUUCCUGUUUGCAAAGGUGAAGUACUGAAUCUCACAUUUCACCAUGACGACUACUCCAUCUGGUUUGGGAUGGAGGGUGCCUCUGUGAGCAUUGAACGACCACUUUGCACAUGUGGUGUGCACACUGCAUGCAGUAGAACCAGAGUGGGCUUGUACAAUGACAAAGCAAAGACCACCUCAUAUUUAUCCGCAUUGAAGCAGGUAUUGCAUGGUAAGACAGCUGUGUGCUUUAUAAGUGACGGCUCAAUGUUACCACUUCUGGUUGCUAAGGAGAAAGGGGAUUUCCCCUCUGUGAAGACCAUCUACUCAGUAGAGAACUCACACCACUGCUCGAGAAUGAUCACUGAGCUGUUAGAGGCCAACGAGCUAUCCAGUGACAUCAUUUUGUUAAAGAAGCCAACUGGUGAGCUGACUCAAGAAGACUUCAAGAUGGCGUCCAGUGAGCCUCACCUGGAUGCAGUGGUGGGAGAGCCUUUCUUCUCCUCGAGUCUCCUCCCAUGGCACAACCUCCACUACUGGUACUCACUGUGCAAUCUACGGAAGUUCAUGAAACCAGAGUGUGCCGUUGUGCCUGGUGUUAUUGUGCUCAAAGCCAUUGCAGUGAAGUUUGAGAACAUGUACAAACUAAGGGAGCCGGUCGGAACUGUUGAGGGAUUCAAUAUCUCAGAGUUCGAUAAAGCUGUGGGCAAGCAUACGACAACGGUGGAAGGGAUAGAAGCAGAGCCUCAUCAUGUGUGGGAGUAUCCCUCCUUUCAUCGCAGUGAUGUAGUCCCAUUGAUGUCCUUUGACCUUUCGACGAUGAUACAGGAUAAAAGUAAAAUUUCCAGCAAUGGGAGCAUACCUCUGACUGAAUGCAGUGAGCCGUGUCAUGGCGUGGUCAUAUGGAUGGACUAUGUGCUGGCCGAUGGACACACUGUGACCACAGGGCUGCUUGAGCAUCCCAAAACGAACGAGAAGCUGGUGUGGGACCCCAACUACAAACAAGCUGUCUACUUCCUCAUUCCCAAGUAUACCAGUCAAAGUCUUGUCAGUAUCAGCUACUCAGUGUGCUUCUCUACCGCAAGUGGAGAGAUCAGCUUUGAGUUCAUUGGUAUACACUGAUCAAACGCGUGACAAUGCUUUUCAUGUGUACAUAUUACACAUCAAUUUCAUGUUUUGUUCACUCGUGCUCCUAAUUAAAGAUAUCUUAUUUCCAUGCUUUUA